AUGCCCAUGGCCUGCGGCUGCACCAGGGCAAGCACGGCCCUGGCUGAGUACUCCAAGUCCUUGCAGCUGCAGGAUGUCGAGACGAACCCUUUAACCAUGCAGUACCCGAUGUACACCGCACGGCUCGAGGUGGUCCUUGGCAUGAGGGAGGUGCGGAGGCACCAGGAGCUUCUGCAGGAUGGAGUGCUGCAGGAGUUUGACUCACGUCUUGGGAAGGCGAUGUUCGUGUCACACCAGUGGGCGGCCUACUGCCACCCUGACCCGAGUGGCGAGAAGCUCAAGGUCCUGCAGGAAGCACUGUCAAACCUGUCGGCAGGAAAAGUGAGAGCUUCACCCGCCGUGGAGGUCGAGAUGCUGUACGGCCGGGUGGAGCCCUACUCCAAAGCCAAGCUGACUUCGGUCAAUGUAUACGUCUGGUACGACUACUUCUCCGUGCCACAGUUUUGCUUGGAGUCGGACAGCGAGGAGGUCAAGAUCCUCUGCAGCAAUGCUCACCUGGAACAGCCCAACGCCAUCGCCAGCAUUCCGGCUUACAUUUUUGCCUCCGAGUUCUUCGUCGCACUUUGCCCUACAAUGCGCCAUGUUGACACCUCUGCUGAGCUGAAUCGCUACACCUGGCAGAGGAGGGGUUGGUGCCUCAGUGAGAAGAUGACACGGGAGCUCGCAUCGCGGGAGGGUCUGAUUCUCCUCAUUGAGAGCCCCAUGCAGCUGUCCUUGCUGCAGGCUUGGGACUCGCUCUACUACUCCCCUGGCGAUGGCGACUUCACGGUCGAAGCCGACCGGGCCGUGGUGGUGCAGAUCAUGAAGGUCAUGCUGCAGCACACGUUGCACAAAGACCUGAGCCGAGGUGACUUGCAGAACUACCGCUUCUACCUCCAGCAGCAGCCCGUACGCUUCCGAAAUUGUGCUACCACACCCUUGGAAGGGUUGCUACCCUCCCAGAAGACCGAUGACCUUGUGGCAGACUUCCUGCACCGGACGGGCUUUGCGGAGGUCCGAGAGCGAGACGCAGAUGGAUGGUCACCCCUCUGCUACGCUGCCUUGGGGGAGAGCCCGGAGCUCAUCGAAGCUCUGCUCUCCAGGCAUGCUGAUCCCAACACCACUGUCUCCAAGAGUAUCCGGCGCCUCUACCACCCGAAGAAGGUGCCGGUGGUGUCCAUCUGCGCAGCUUUUGGCAACAAUGGUGCUCUUCAGGUGCUGCUCCGUGCCCGGGCUGAUCCAAAGAAGAAGGAGGGCCGUGGCAACCCACCACUGUUUUACUCCAGCCUCGCCGACAACUUGGAGGGAGCCCGCCUGCUGCUUCAGGCCCAGGCAGACCCAUGCGUGGAGAGCGACCUGUCGAUCAGUGUCCUUGAGUUUGCCUGCAAUGCGGGUGCCAGCCAAGUCGCCAAGGAGAUUUUUGCCACACCGGCUGCAGCCCGAGCCCAGUACUUGAUUCACACUGCCUUGGUCAUCAACGGCGGGAAUCCCGCUCACAUAGCCAUGAUGAUCGAAGCCGGGUGUGACGUGAAUGAGCAGUUCUACCCCAAAAAGCUCGGAUACCGACUUCUGUACAUGAUUGGCACAGCGAAGCAUCGGCUGAAGGGGCCUUCCGCUUACAGCUGCCUCUCCUAUCACCACGCAGGUGCUACGCCCUUGAUGCUCAGCAUCCUCGCUGGCUAUUUCUCCGCUGCUCAGGUGCUCUUGAAAGCUGGGGCUCGCGUGGAUCUCCGCAACUCUCGAAACCGGACUGCUCUUGAUUUCGCUGUGGAGAAGUGUGCGCCAGAGGCUUUGCUUGCGGAGUUGCACAGAGGUGCAACGGCAUGA